GAUGAGACACAAAGGGAGGAAAGGAGACAAGUGCCUAGGGAGAUGGGUGAUUAGCUCAUAUGAGCAGGUAUAGGAGGACUAAUUUCUCGACUGAACACUGUCCCAGUGACCCCUGCCCUCUAUUCUGACUGCUCCCCCUAAGAGAGAUGGCACCGGCCAGAGCAGGAUACUUCCCCUUUCUGCUGCUGCUGCUGCUGGGGCUGUGGGUGGCUGAGAUCCCAGUCAGUGCCAAGCCCAAGGGCAUGACCCCAUCUCAGUGGUUUAACACUCAGCACGUGCAGCCCAGCCCUCAAGCAUGUGACUCAGCCAUGAGAGACAUCAACAAGCACACAAAACGGUGCAAAGACCUCAACACCUUCCUGCACGAGUCCUUCUCCAGCGUGGCCGCCACCUGCCAGACCCCCAACAUAACCUGCAAGAACGGCCAUAAAAACUGCCACCAGAGCCAUGGGUCCGUGUCCCUGACCAUGUGUGGGCUCACCUCAGGGAAGUACCCGAACUGCAGGUACAAAGAGGAGCACCUGAACAAGUUUUACAUAGUGGCCUGUGACCCUCGCCAGAAAAAGGACCCUCAGCAAUUCCACCUGGUUCCUGUGCACUUGGACAGAGUCCUUUAGGCUUCCAGAGCUCCUCACUCUUUGGCUGAGCCUCAGGUCCAUCUCCUGGGCUCUGCAUCACUCCUCCUACACCCAGAGCGUUCUCUUCCCCUCAUCUCUUGGGACUCUGGUUCAGCCUCUGCUGGGAGGCUGAAGCUGACACUCUGGUGACCUGAACUCUAGAGUCAUGGCCUUUCAUCUUUUUGUUGCUGUUUUCCCAGAUGCUUAUCCCCAAGAAAGGGGCUGAGCAAGCUCAAGGCUGUGGGUUCCCUGGUCUCUGCCUUUGCACAUGUCUCCCUUGUCCUCUGGCAUUAUGGCAUUAUGGCAGCAUGACAAGGGGAGGAAAUACAUGGAAAAGGGGCCUAUGAUUUGUGGAUAGAGCUGUUUCUGUUCCUGAACUAGAAGUCUUCCCCAGCUCUGACAUGGUAGUGAGGUGACCUGAAGCAAAGAAAAAUAUAAAGAAAUACCACUUCAUAUUUUUAUAGCACUUCCACGUGAACCCUCUAAUCCCUUGUGACAUAGACUUGACAGGGAUUGUAUGCCUUCUUUAUGGAUGAGGAAAUUGAGAUUUUAGAAAGCUUAAUUAAUUAAAUAGCCCGUCUAAUUAGUGAGCAGCAGAACCUGGACUUGAACCUAGGUUUCCUUGCUUAAAUAUAGCAUACUUUCUACUCUACCAGUUGGGCAAGAAAGCAGAUACUGUUACAGGGGCAAGAGGUGAACUAGGUAAGAGUUCACCCAUGAAGAAUGAGUGCUCUGAAGAGCCAGUUACCCUGUGUUGGCUGCAAUGAAGCUCAUUACCUCUCUAGCCA